AUGACAUCGCCAUCAAAACAACAAGAACCAGAAGAGAGAAAUUGGGUGGACGUCCCAUAUGAUGUAAUGGCUAACAUUCUACACAAAGUUGAUGCUUUUGACAUACUUGAGAAUGCCCAGAAAGUUUGCACAAGUUGGCGUAAAAUCUGCAAGGAUCCUAUGAUGUGGAGAGUUAUAGAUUUUUCGGUUAAUCAUGCGAGAGUCGAUCAACUACCACCACUAAGGGAGAUGUGUGAGCAUGCUGUUGAUAGAAGCCAAGGCCAAUUUGUUGAUAUCACAAUCGUGGGUUUUACCGAUAAUGAGCUUCUCCAGUAUGUUGCUGAUAGAUCAAGUCAGCUAAGGCGGCUUGAAAUCUCAUAUUGUUUCGAGGUUACAUAUAUAAGCUGGAGUGACGCUUUGAAGAAAUUACCAGUAUUAGAGGAACUCAGUAUCUACGUAACACAUAUCUCGAAAGAAGCUAUUGAAAGUGCUGGACAUUACUGUCCCAUGCUAAAAACAUUGAAACUGAACAAUAAUCCAUUGAGAAGCCGUGAGUUGUCAAGGUUUCCUAAUGAGAGAGCAAUAGCUAUCGGAAAAAACCUACCUGAGUUAAGGCAUCUUGAACUCAUUGGAGACAAGAUGACAAAUGUUGGGUUGGAGGUGAUUCUUAAUGGAUGUCGCCACCUUGAAUCACUCGACUUGCGUGCAUGCUCUUACAUUGACUUGAGUGUGUGCUCUUACAUUGAUGGUGAGGGGGAACCGAUUUGGAGAAGAUUAAAUGUGUAA